ACGACCACGACCUAAAGCCUCAGUACUGGGCUGUAUUCUUCCCACGGAUAUCUCUAUCUCAUCUUUAUAUCCUACAGAUCGAACAUACACGCCACCCUUCAUCUGGCCUCAUAUUGUAUAACCAACCCAACCCAACCCAACCCAACCCUACCCCCACGAGCCAGCACCGCUAUCAAAAUGUCCAACAUAACCGUCGCAACCCUCCCCCGCAUCAGCCGCGACGCCCUCUCAGCCCUCCUACUCACCACCCUCUCCUCUUCCACCACCACCACAACACCCAGCACCCUCGCCAUCAUCGACGUCCGCGACUCAGACCACGUCGGCGGCCACAUCACAACCUCAACCUGGAUCCCGAGCUCGUCACUCGACUACCGCCUCCCGGAACUCAUCCGCACGCUGCAAGACAAAGAGAAAGUGGUGUUCCACUGCGCGCUGAGCCAGCAGCGCGGGCCGUCCGCGGCGCUGCGGUACGCGCGCGAGCGCGAGCGAGUGCUCGGCGUCGACGCCGAGAAACAGGAGGUGUAUGUGCUUGAGGGCGGGUUCGUGCAGUGGCAGGAGAAGUAUGGGAAGGAUGGGAGGUUGACGCGGGAUUAUGCGGAGGAUAUUUGGAGGGAGUAUUGAUUGGGUUUGGUUGGUUGAGGAGGAUGGGGGAUGAU